CCCUGACAGCACUUUCGCUUCUUGCAAACACCCAUCCCGGACCAACUGCUCUCGUGGGCAACUUCCGCCUUGUCAGUGAUAGGCACCCUGCUGGUGACUGACCAACUCUCGCUUCCACCUUACGCCAGCUACAACACACCACUCGCCGUCGAAGUCUCCUGUGGUCUGGUCCACGUUCCACUGCAAGCUCACAACGCCCGGUUGAAACUUUCGAGCAACACCCAGGCAUGCACCGGCUGGCUAGACGCUGGCACGAGUUCCGUCAUGAGUGCAAACAAGCUCGAUAUCUGGAGGCUGAGGGAACUGGUUGACGAGCCUCUGUACUGUGCCGUUCCACCCAUGACAAAUCCCGACGAACCCAACAGCUACGACUCGGACGAAGAGCUCGACAGCUCUGCUCGACUGGCCAAACGGCUGCGCUACGAAGCUGCUGGCCGGCGAUUUCUCAGCGGACAACGGCCUCGGCUCCUCUCAGCCUCUCUGAGAGGGCCAUUUGAUGCAAAAUCUGGCUGGAGAAAUCCCUGGCUCUCGAAGUCUUCAUGCAGUCGAACGCAGGCCCGCAAUGGUGUCGUCUCGGAGGCUGGCUCCCAAACCCCGAGGCGGAUGAACACAACGAUAGUCCACGCCACCGCUGCUGUGCCAAUCACGACAGAAGACAUUUCAUUGCUGGUCGCAGGGUCGUCCUCUGCUGUCUGGAGUAGUGCACAGGCCACAACCCCGACGACUCACAUCCACGAGGAAAAGAGAAUUCAGAUUCAGGUUUGGGCCGAUAAUGUCGAAACAAGCUUUGUCGAGGACGACCAAGACUUCUGGAACCCGUUUGCAAAGGGCCAGAGCCAAAAUGAGGGUCAUGACCAAGCUACUGACGACGCGCCAACAAAGAACGGAUGGCUUAAGAAGACGCCGUUAAAACGCAAACGGACCAGGCCACAGCAACCGGCUGUUACGAGCACGGUGAACAGAUCUGUUCAACUUCUUAGAAGCACGUCAGACUCUGCUGCGCUGCAACCACGGAUGCGAGUGGCCAAUUCGGCCUGUCGGCAUCAGGUCUCAUCACUACUGAAGAGCCGCAGUUUCGAGCUCACUACGCCGUCGUCCCUAGCCGACCCUCAGCCGAUGGAACACGAUCAAGAUAUGCUGUACGAAUCCCACUCAGCAUACGAUGAAGCUUCGACUUGCGACGACACAGGACGCGUGCUACGAAUGCCCGAUCAAGAAACAGAGGCUCGAAACCACGAUAUGUCAAAUAGUGCUUCACCAAAAAGGCCCACAGCUAGUAGUCGCGUCGCCCUCGAUGAGGACUCGGGUCUCCCAUUGCCACUGAUUCCCGCAAAUAAGAGUACCGAACGAAUGGAGACGGCUUUUGAAAGUGAGGCCAACACCAGGUUUCAUCAACACACCAUGCAUAGCGGACAGAAGAAGGGCAGGCCAGAUUGUGAAGGACUCACGGGCGUUCAGACCCUAACCCAGACGGAGACACCAGAAUCUUCACACCAUCCUGACGAGCUGCUCACCUCUGCGAACGUAGACAGAUCUGCGGGGGCUCAGCCAGGUCCUGCCGAUGGCGGCUCGGUACAUGAAAUGUUACAACAGGCGCCAUCGGUCAUUGAGAUUGACCAUCACGACAGCGUGGUGCCGACUGCCCACAUUUUUCAAGCCGCAAUCAAGUAUGAACCCAACUCAGAGGCCUUCGCACCUGGAGUCGCGCAACAUAGGGUGCCGAACCAGGAAAUUGAGAGUACCCAGUCGCAGUACCCGUCGGCCGAGGCUAGAUUCGAAUCUCCAGAGCCAAAAGAGCUUGGUCACAAUCUGGAACCAAGCACAAACGCUGCAACGGCUGCUGUCGUCCAAGAGACGAUGAUUGGUCAGGAAGGCUUGCAAGUUGAACUCGAGAACGAAGCAGCGGGCGAGGUCUCAUUGAAGCUCAACCAUGCCAACCUGCAAGCAAUCGCGAUCACUGCCGAUAAGUUAUCGGAGUCAGUGUCGAGCCCAGGCAAUCCAGUGAUGGCUCAAGUGCACAUCGAGAACAUUGAAGGCGCUAUUUGCGAUUUGGACCCGAAGCAAAUUUCGGGUGCUAACGUUCUGGAGAUCGAGGAAACGUUACUACUCAAUGACAACGAAGCUGCGCAGCCCAGGGGCACCCCCUCGGAACCUGCAACUCGUGGAUCGGUCCACGCUGAUGAGGACGCAUCAACACAUGGGGAUUUGUCAGCCACAGAGACAGUAUUUAUAGGCGAGAGUAACGCAACUCCUGAGAAGACUUUUGUCUGUCCAUCUCAGCAGAGUCCAUGGGCACCUUGCGAUCAAGCUCUGCUGGUUACGGGACAAGUGGCACAAACUGCAGUGCGGCCGAGCUCGGCAGAGGAAAUCCCUGGGAAGGCGUACCUAGAACUUGCAGCGCCAAUAACACCCCCUCCAAGCAACACGACGGCACACUUGGGCCUGAAAUCGUUCUCACGUUUCAAUACGCCAUCACCCCAGCGCCGGUCUGCGCAAAGGGUGCACAGAUGCUACUCCGCAGGCCAGCCCAGGGGUAUUCUCUCAACAAAAUCCUCGCAGCGAGUCAACCGUGGCGCUCGACGGCGUGUGUCUUUUGCACCGUUACCUAGUGAUGUUACCGACCAGCAACACUCGGCCCAAAACGUCCGUGCAGCAUCGCCGCCACCGGCCACGACACCUGGCCUGGGUGAUGAAGAUGUCACCGACCAAUUUCAGGGACACUUUGAUUCGGUGAUGCGCAAAAAGGCAAGGUUCGUGGUACAUGACAGAUCUCGCCUAGACCCGAUUUCAUCGGGAUAUGCGUCUGGCUCAGAUCAUCUCGAAACGGACAACCUGGCCUUGGCCGGGGACGAAAUCACGACACCCGCAGGGAUGGAUGGUGUCAGCACAGAAGAAGUAAUUGAACAACCGAGCACGAACGAACCCCAGUCUCCAUGGAGACAUGAUACACAGAGCGACAUGGUUGACGACGUGGCUGCCGUCAUGGGCAACCUGGACGCCUUCUUGGAUGCGUGGAGCGUUGAGCACGAAAUGCAGAAAGCCGGUGACCCUGUCGAUCAGGAGAACCAUGGCCUCGGCCAGAGCAGGACCCGAACCUCGGGUAAUCGAUUUGGCUUACAGGAGCUGUCAGUAUGGAAUUGAGAUGCAAGGAUGGACCAUGCUGGUCCGCAGAGGACAUGAACCAAUGAGCGAAUGAUUAUGUUGAUACCCCUUUGCUUCAAAUUUUUCUCCUGGGUCAGGCGUUAUCGGAACAAGAGCAAGAGUAUGGUAUACUCGGGGACUUGAGCGAGAAGGUCGUUUUCACGGAUUAGGCUUGGACGUGCUGCAUCAUUGAGACCAGGAAAAGUAUAUCAGUAGAUAUGGUAUAUAUAUUCAAUUGCCUGGGUAUUGCUAUAAUCAGUCGAUGCAAGAUCUCG